GCAGGUGUCACGUUUAUUAUAACAUCUGACUUAGUCACUGACGAUAAACAAGAUGAGCAUAUACAGGAAGCAAAUGGCAGAGCAGUUCCUGAGUCAAGCCCUGGGCAUCAUCUGCCUGCUGACCGGAGAGGAAUACACCAUUGUGAAGAAGACCUCGCGCAGCAUCAUUCAGCAGCUGAGCAGAGAGGUGCCUAUAAAGUGUGAUGAUGUUGCCGUGUAUUUCUCUAUGGAGGAGUGGGAGUAUAUAGAGGGACACAAGGAGCUUUACAAGGAUGCCAUGAUGGAAACUCACCCAACACUAAGGACUAUGGAGAUCCCAGGAAAUGAGGGCUCAGCAGAUCACAGGGAUGAAAAUCUAGACACAGGAGCACAUGCUGAACAGAACACUAAGCCAGUGAAGACCCCAUCAGAUUCAGAACUAACAAGUCACAGUGAUGAUAAUCUAGACACAGGAGCAGAUGCAGAGCUUGUUCAGAAUAUUCAGCCAGUGGAGACCCCAUCAACCGUCUCUGCAGACUGGGAGAGGGGUAGAGGUGGACGAGGGCACGAGAGUAUAGGUUUAGGUGCUAGUAGGACUAUUAGGGACCGUCAGUUAAAAUUAGAGUGUGAGUUAGCUAGAGGGAUAGGAAGCUGGAGAGCGAGUGUAAGGGGUGGUGGUGGCUUUGUGCUACCUAGUGGGAGAGGACCAAAGGGGAAGGAAAAGCAAGUUACUUUAUCCCACCCUAGGAAAAGUAGAUCUACAGUAGAGACAGAGGGAGAGGGAGGGAGGCCUGGGUCUGGCUCUGUUGAGGGUCUGGGAGGGGAAAAGAGGACUCGGACCUUAGGGACAGAUCAGGGAGAGCGGGCUGGUCCCUCAUCACAGGCAGGAGGACACGAGUCAGCUGGGCAUCCUCAGAGGCCCAGGAUGAGGGAAGAGCGAUAUAGUGAGGCCGAAAAAUUUGCUCUGAUAGAGGCGUAUGUGGAGCGAGCCCAACAAUUAGAGACGCGUAAUUUGGCCAGCAACAUUAGAAGUAGGCUAUGGGAGGAAAUCAGGGAGGCUUGUGUAAGAGUGAACAAUCGCCAACGCACCAUGGACAGUAUUAAGCAUCGGUGCCGUGACUGUCGGCGGAUGCUGAAAGAGAAAAUGGAAUUGGAGGAAGAACAGGCAAAUCAACCCGGUGGCCAACUCAUAGUCUAUAGCGGUUGGGAAGAGCUGCUGAGGGAUAAGAUGACUGCAGCUACAGUGCCCAAGAUUACAGAAGAAGGGGAUAUGGCUGCUACAUCUUCUGAAAGGCAGUUGUGUAAAUAUGAUGCUGUGAUUUCAUGUGAUUCAGAACAAACAGAAUAUCAUUGGCUAAGAAAUAUGACAGAAGCAGAAGAUCAGGAAAUAUGUGAAAAGGUCAUCAUUGGUGAAAAUUAUGCUAUGAUUUCAUAUAACACAGAAGAAACAAAAGAUCCAUGCCUACAAAAUGUGCCUGGGGCUCCAGAGCAGGAAAUAUGUGACAAUAUUAUUACAGGUGAUAUUAAGACUGAAGUCACACUUGAUGCUGAAGAAACAAAUGAUCUGUAUGUAAUGGUUCCACUGGAAGAUGUGAAGCAGGAAAUCGAUGACAAUAUUAGUACAGGUGAAUUCACAACCUGCAAUAAUCCUAGUCCGGGUCAGAGUGCUGAGGUUUAUUUCAAUAUUCUUCAAAAUCAAAGAAGCCACAUGGGACAUUUUUGUUCUGAAUGUGGGAAAUGUUUUACCUGGAAAUCACAACUUCGUAAUCAUCAGAAAAUUCAUACAGGAAAGAAAGCAUUUUCAUGUUCGAAGUGUGGGAAAUGUUUUACUCAAAAGUCAAAUCUUCUUGCUCAUCAGAAAAUUCAUACAGGGAAGAAAGAAUUUGUGUGUUCGGAAUGUGGGAAAUGUUUUACUCAGAAACCACAUCUCAUUAGGCAUCAGAAAAGUCAUACAGGGGAGAAAGAAUUUUUAUGUUCUGAAUGUGGGAAAUGUUUUACCUUGAAAUCAACUCUUAAUAAUCAUAUGAAAAUUCAUACAGGGGAGAAAGAGUUUUCCUGUUCUAAAUGUGGGAAAUGUUUUACGCAACAAGCAACUCUUAUAAAUCAUCAGAAAGUUCAUAUUAAAUAAAAUCAGAGUUUAACCUCUGAAGCGCAGAAACUGACACAUGAUUGUCAUCCACACAAUGUCUAGUGUGCUGAUGAUGACUACAUGUUGUCCUCUGGGGGCACACUUUUAGGUCUGAGGACCCAUUUGCACCGCAAGCAGUUAUCACUGGGGUAUCCAAGGUCCCUAUAUAGGUUUAAGUAGCCAGGUGGUCACUUGUUGUAAAUAAAAUGUGCAUUUACUGUAGUAGAGGUUUAUGGAAGGAAGACCCCCCCAUGUGCAGAUCAAAGUUAUAUAAAUAUACCUAAAGGCCCUUAUUUAUAUACUGAUAAACCCUUUUAUAAAAUGUAGGUACUGUUGAGGACAUUAUAGUCAGGUAUUAAUUGAGGUGACAGUGUUUUCCUUAGCUAGUAUUUAAAAUUGACCAGGUGUUUAGGUUACAGGGUGAGCUGCUAUUUUAACAUCAAAAGUUCAAGAGGCCUCCAAAAGGCAUUCUCUGGAUUAGGAUAGCCCCUGGCUGCAUGAAAUGCAUUGUGCUGAAAUAAAACAAAAAAAGUAUUUAUAUUUUUUUUUUUACUUUUGUUUUUCAGUUGCCAAUUUCUAUAAAACAAAAUGCUGAAUAAUUAUCAGUUUCUGCUUAUGUAAGACAGGUUAUCUAAUACAAUUAUAGAUCCACAAAAGUUGACUAUAUAAAUCUUGUACUGUAUUGUUUACAACCUUGUUUAUUAAAAUUGUAAUACAAAA